GUAUAUCGUAUAUAUUGUCGAUGUCGUGAUCGAAUAUACCAAUACUUUAUGUGUACUAUGUGUCGUAUUAUCUGUUUAUAAAACUUUCAAAGUACCCGAGAUAUAAAUAUUUUCGCUGUCGUGUGUGUGUCGUACCUACAAGAAAGUGAAAAAUGUUGUGCCACGGUAAACCGAUCUGCGGCAAUAAAUCCAAAAACGCCAUGAUGACCGAUGGCGGUAACGAAAGCGAAGGCGAAGACAUGUACGGAUUUUUACCCAAGAACAAACCUAACAUCGCUAGAUCAUCUCUAAUCGAACGUACCGGCCGAGUGCAGAACAUCUACGAGACGAGAAAACCCGCCAAAGUGGUCACUUUCAAAAACGAACCGCACCAAGUCCGAAUAAUCCAACGAAGACACUCGUGCGCUGAAAAUUUUCGCAACUAUCAACCUUCAUCCUCGUCUGUAAGGUCUUCUCGAGCAUACCCCGGUAGUAAUCGAACCCCUUCGUAUCCUCCAGCCAUCAAAAGAUCAACAAGUUUCGUCGAACCUUGCGCCCAUUAUCAUCGCAGACCGUUACCACUACCGCCUCUUCAUCCGCAACAACAACAUCAAAUGCAAGAUAGACCGCCGCCUCCGUCUUACAAUGUGGCUAUCCGAAGAGCGGCCAGCUUCUCGGCCAGCAGAGGAGUCAAUAGAGGAUUCCCAAUGCCCAGAAGACCUCUGCAGCCUUUCACAGCCGCAUCUGGCGGUCCGGAAAUGCCAAAGUUGUUGCCGAUGCCGCCAAUACACCAGAUACAUUCCAGUUCUACGUCCGAUCUUUAUGUGGAUAGUUUUUCGCUGAAACGAGCCCAGAGUAGGGAAAUUUUAUCGGCUGCGAGUUCGACGUCUUCGAUAUCCGAAGCGACCGUGUAUCGUAAAAUUGGACCUGGAGAUUAUGUCAGCGUUAGCGAUAAACAAACCAAUAGGAAGAGUUUCAGAUGCGACGGUAAUGCUGAAGAUGACAGCAUCGGACCGCUUAUUUAUGUGCCGCCGGAUUUAGAAAGCUUCGAUAAAAACAGAAUAGAAGCUUCUGGAUUGAAUUUACCUCGUACGGAUACUUACAGAUUUUCAAUGGCUAAUUUAGAAGAUACACAAGAUGUCGAUUUGGACGCCAUAUUGGGAGAAUUAUGCGCUUUGGAAUCGCAAUACAAAGAGGCUGCGAUUGCAUCUCCUCGUCAAUCGAGUACUGGUUCAGAUAUCUCUUCUUGCUACAGGAGAACAACGUCGAGUACAUCUCCUCAGACAGGAGCAGUUAUGAGAACCGAAAGUCCAGACAAUGACUCAGCUUUUUCGGAUAGCGUUUCGUUAUUCUCGAGCGAAAGUUCCACCUCGAGCAGUACGACUCCUUCGACUAAUACGAGUAGUAAUCAGACAUCGAGUAGCGACGACAGCAAAGCGGAAAAAAUCAAAUUAGCGUUACAAAAAAUGAAAGAGGCCGAAGUGAAAAAAUUAUUCGUCAAAGUUUUCGGUAAAGAUGGAAGCGCUAAAUCGUUGCUAGUUGAUGAAAAUAUGAAAUGCGGUUUCGUAAUGAGAUUGUUGGCCGAUAAGCACCAUAUGCCGGUCUCUCCCAGAUGGGGUAUUGUCGAAUAUUUACCCGAAUUGCAUAUGGAAAGGGUUUACGAAGAACACGAACCUUUGGUGGAUAAUUUAAUGCUGUGGACUAGGGAUUCGAAAAAUAAACUCUUCUUCGUCGAAAGACCCGAACGUCUGUUGUUGUUCCAAAGACCCGAGAUAUUUCAUACCGAUUGUAAUUCUAUUCCUACUCUGGAUGAUGAACUCACUCAAAAUGCGCUCGUCGAGGAAUAUUUAAGCAGUGGCACAUUACCUAACGUAGAAGGUCCAUUAUAUAUCAAAUUGGAUUCGAAAAAAGGAUGGAAAAAAUACAACGCUGUUUUACGAGCCUCUGGACUAUACUAUUACAAAGAAAAAACACUCAAGUCGACUAAAGAUUUAGCGUGUUUGGCUACUUUCGAUGUCAAUCAGGUUUAUUACGGAUUUGGUUGGAAAAAGAAGUUUAAAGCGCCAACUGAGCAUUGUUUCGCUAUCAAGCACCCGUGUUUACAACAACCAAAGUCCACAAAAUAUAUCAAAUAUUUAUGCGCCGAAGAUGCGUUGACACUUCAUAAAUGGGUUACCGCUAUUAGAAUCAUCAAGUACGGACGUCAACUAUUGGAAAACUACCAAUCGCUGAUGACGGCCGACGAAUGCGAACUAUCCGACUCGGGUUCGUCCGGCUGCGAUGUGGCUUUCGAAUCAGACUUUCCAUGCGGCACGAUCAAAAGAAAACCACCAAAGCUUCCUUUAACGGCGACAACUCGUCAAUUGGCUUCGCUAGAUACUCGAGCUUCGAACGCAGCCAUGUUAGAAAGAACACCAAGUUUCGGUUCGUUACCUCCUCCGCCACCGGAACUUCUAGCUAGCACUUUGACACUGAACGAAGAAGUCGAAGACUUACCUCCACCACCACCUCCACCUAAAAUGUUACCUUCGCCUAGCGCGACUUUUUUACAAGACUUACAACGCGUAAUGCGACGAAAAUGGCAAGUCGCCCAGAAAUGUAAACAAGAUCUCAACACUACACCUCACGAGGUACUCGGUUUUCGCGACCCUCCAGACUAUAAGGAAACCAAUGUGAGUAAUUGGGUUGCCGAACACUACGGAGGUGGUCAAAAUUUAUACGAAAAUGUGUACCGGAGUGGUCCUCAGCCUUCGCCGGUCGGAGUUACCCCAGCUAAAGUGCCAGUGGUACCGACAUCUCCGUCGGUCAACGGUACCCCUAUAAAGAAAAGACCACCACCGCCUCCUCCGCCUCGAGCUGAGACUACUCAAUUAACCACUACCACUGUACGGUUUCAAAAGUGCUAAGGAUACUUUCGAAAGCCUUAUUUCCAAGGACUCGGUUGCUAGUCAUUAGAAAAGUAAUGAUAUUUUGUAAUAUUUUUAUACAUGAUGAUCAAAUUCAACCAUACGAUAACGUUAGUCAUGUGAAUUUUUUAUUUUUAUUCUUCUUUCCCUCUUUUUCUUUCUUUUAUCGUAUGUAUUUUUAUAUUUGUAUAUGCAGUUGUUCUUUUUUUUCGUUUUUUUUUCUAUGUUUAACGCGAACUUAUUUUUUUUCUAUUAUUUUUAUUAAACACAGUUUUUAUUUAUUUUUUAUCUAACAGUAUUGUUUACAUUCGGCGUAUAUUUUUUUAUUUUGUUAAAAAUCCUCGUUUGGAAUAUUUUUAUAAAUUUCUAUACUUACCCCUCUUUUUAUUACGGUACUCUUUUUGUACAAAAAAAAAAAUUGAAAAUCGUUAUGAGAAAGACUGAUACCUAAGCCAUUUUUUCUCGUACUGGCAAUGAGCUGGAAUUUUGUAUAAAAAGCUUUCUUACACGCUAAAUUGCUCAACAGUGUAAGUGAAACUUUCAUUCGUGUUGAAAUCACGUAUACGAUUAUGGUGCUUACUUAAGUUUGUAUGUAAAGUUGUUAUUACGUUUAUUUUUUUUCCUUUUAAACUUAAUGCAAAAGGCUGUUUUAUUUUUCAAUUAUCUAUUAUUCUAAUGUAAGUUUUACUUACUAUAUUGCUGGAUAAAAAGUUCGAGGGUUUGUUAUCUGUGUUGGAAUGCUUACGAAACUGGUUUUCGUUAUUGGUAUUGACAAAAUUUUGAUUUUUUUUUUUUUUCAAAUUAUAAAAUACAUACCUGCGAGAAAAGAAGCUGGAAGAAUUUUGUGUAUUAUACUUUUGUUCAUAAUAUGAUGUUAUAUUGUUUACUUCAUGUUUAAGAUUUUGUUAUUUAGUAAAAUUUUAAUAAAUCCUAAUUUCAUUUUGA